GCAGGCUCGCGGGAUGAUGAUGAUGCCUGUGAGAAGGGGGGUAGAACUCGGAGCGCACGUCUCUCGCGCUGCGCACACACGCGCGGCAAAAGUGAAGUGAAAAUGCUUCUUCCCUCCCUCCCGACAGCCCACCUCGUAAGCCGUUCACUUCUUCUUGUUCUCGUCCUCCUCCUACUAGCGCGCCGAGUUGUCCCCUUCCCUGGUUUACUGGAGGAACUUGCGCCGCUCGGCUCGUCCGGCUCGGCGGAGUCGAGAGGAGGCGCCGGCGGAGACCCGAAGCGCCGUCAGCCCCGCGGCGCGCCCGUGGAGAGCUCCGCGCCGGCAUGGGCGCGCUGACAAAGGGACGUUACCUCUCCGCGAUGGGCCUCCUGCUCCUGGUUUACUGCACGGUGUCAGUGGUCUCCAAAGGUGCCACAGGGGACGCUCAGCCUGACGCCUUACCCUCUGUGCAAGGCACGCUGCCACACUUCAUCCAGGAGCCGGAGGACGCCUACAUCGUCAAGAGCAACCCCAUCAAGCUGCGGUGUCGAGCCGCGCCCGCCCUGCAGAUCUUCUUCAAGUGCAACGGGGAAUGGGUGCACCAGAAUGAGCACCUCUCCCAGGAGUAUAAGGACCUCAACACCGGGCUGAAGGUGCGUGAGGUGAUGAUAAAUGUGUCCCGUCAGCAGGUGGAGGAUUUCCACGGCCCGGAGGACUACUGGUGCCUCUGUGUGGCUUGGAGCCACCUGGGCACCUCCAAGAGCCGCAAGGCCACGGCCCGCAUCGCCUACCUGAGGAAAAACUUUGAGCAGGACCCCCAGGGGAAGGAGGUGCCAAUCAACGGGAUGAUCGUCCUGCACUGUCGCCCUCCGGAGGGAGUGCCCGUGGCGGAGGUGGAAUGGCUGAAAAACGAAGAGCUGCUGAGCUCUCUGACCGACGACAACAUCGACACCCGCGCCGACCACAACCUCAUCAUCCACGAGGCUCGGCUGUCCGACUCGGGGAACUACACCUGUCUGGCCAGCAACAUCGUGGCCAAGAGACGCAGCGCCACCGCCGCCGUCAUCGUCUUCGUGAACGGCGGCUGGUCCUUGUGGACGGAGUGGUCGCCCUGCAACGUGCCGUGUGGGCGGGGUGUCCAGAAGCGAUCUCGAACUUGCACCAACCCGGCGCCUCUCAACGGCGGGGCCUUCUGCGAGGGCAUGUCAGUACAGAAGAUCAGCUGCAACGCACUCUGCCCAAUCGAUGGCGGCUGGGACGAGUGGAGCGAAUGGACCGCAUGCAGCAGCCAGUGCGAGAGGCUGCGGGGCCGGGAGUGCAGCUCCCCGCCACCCAGACACCGGGGGAAGAUGUGCGAGGGGAACAGCGAGGCCACCGAGAACUGCACAGACGGACUGUGUACCCAGAAUCGAAAGCUGCUACAUGACGUUAAACCUCAAAGUGUGGACGGCUCCAAUGACGUCGCUCUGUACUCGGGCCUGGGAGCCGGCGUCAUCGCCGUGGCGAUCCUCGUGGUGGCCGUCAUGCUGUACAGGAAGAACCACAGCGAGUACGGCGUGGAUGUCAUCGACUCCUCCGCGCUCACGGGGGGGUUCCAGUCUUUCAACUUCAAGACCACCAGACAAGGAAACCCUCUGCUGCUCAACUCCUCCAUGCAGCCCGACCUGACGGUGGGCCGGGCCUACAGCACGCCCCUCUGCUUCCAGGACGGCGCCGACAAAGACCUCUUCGACCCCCUGCCGGACAUCAAGGUCAAAGUUCAGAGCUCCUUCAUGGUUUCGCUCGGCGUGUCUGAGCGCGCCGAGUUCCACGCCAAAGGGCCCGCCGAGACCUUCCCGCGGGACCUGACCCGGGACUACAGCGGCACGGCGGACAGACGCAAGAAGGGCCUGCUCACCCUCAACGGGCCCGUCAGCACCGGCAGGGAGCAGCUGAGGACCAACGGCGUGUUCGGACACGCCGGGGGACGCAUGGUGGUGCCAAACGCCGGGGUCAGCCUGCUGGUGCCUCAAGGAGCCGUGGCUGAAAAUAUGUCCUGGGAGAUGCACAUGGUGAUCAAUCAGGGAGAGGCGAGCGUCCAAACACUGGAAGGCUGUGAAAUCCUCCUGGGCCCAGAGGUGACGUAUGGACCCCCGGUCCUGGACCUCUUCACCCCCGUGGCCAUGUCCAUCGCUCACUGCGCCGAGGUGGACACCGAGAACUGGAACAUCCAGCUCAGGAGGAAGACCCAGGACAGCAAGUGGGAGGAAGUGAUGUCGGUGGAGGAGGAGUGCACUUCCUGUUACUGCCUGAUGGACUCGUCGAGCUGCCACCUGCUUCUGGGCCGGCCGGGCUCGUACGCGCUGGUGGGCGAGCCGCUGACGCAGGCCGCCGUCAAGAGGCUGAAGCUGGCCGUGUUCGGGAGCAUGGAGGCGGGCUCCAUGAGCUACGGCCUGCGGGUGUACUGCGUGGACGACACGCCGCACGCCUUUCAGGGGGUGGUGGCCGCAGAGAAGACCAGGGGGGGUCAGCUCCUCGAGGAGCCAAAGAUGUUGCCUUUCCGAGCGAACACCUUCAGCCUCCAGGUGUCCAUCCAAGAUGUCCCUCAGUUCCUGUGGAGCAUCAAACCCUUUACCACAUGUCAGGAGUUCUCCUUCCCUCAAGUGUGGUGCAGCAACCAGCAGCCCCUGCACUGUGCCUUCUCCCUGGAGAGAUUCAGCCCUGCCACCGCCCAGCUCUCCUGCAAAAUCAGCGUGCGCCAGGUCAAAGGCCACGAGCAGAUCCUGCAGGUCUACACGGCCGUGGCCGAGACGGGAAAAGAGUCCGUUCCAUUUUUUAUGCAGACCGACUGCACCAUCACGUCUCAGACGGGGCCCAAGGCCUUCAAAAUCCCCUCCUCCAUCCGCCACAGGAUCUGUGCCACCUUCGACACUGCCAACGCCAAGGGCAAGGACUGGCAGCUCUUAGCCCAGAAGCUCCACUUGGACCGGAACCUGGCUUACUUUGCGAAGCAGCGGAGUCCGUCGGCCGUCAUACUGAACCUGUGGGAGGCUCGCCACCAGGACACGGCCGACCUCGACUCCCUCGCCAGCGCCCUCGAGGAGAUCGGCAAGAUCCACUCCAAGAGCUCCCCCAAGGACCAGGGCGAGCCGCGGCCCGGCUUCGGCCAGGCGGAAGCGGGCUGCGCGCGUGGAGCCGGCGCCCCGACCAAUCAGGCGGGAGAGGACUCGGCUCCUGAAUCGACGGGCUGAAGGGAGGGGGGGCGGGGGGGGUGAGUGACAAACUGAGGCGUAUACAUGCGAAAAGCACACACGCCGGUAUGGGACGACACACUGUGGCCGUGCACUGGGAGGUCAAGGGGUCGUGAGUGGGCGGCGCGUGGACCAAAUUCCACCAGAUGCAGAGACGGGGCGGGUACCUGCGGUGGAUCCCCCCCCCCCCGCUGAGGAAGGACUGUAAAUCUUUUUCUGCCUUGCCACUCCCUCUCCAGGUUCCUUUUUGAUGUGUUUGUUGUUUUUAAGUCAAAGCCGCCCCUUCCGUCUUGUGUUCAUCUCCCGGCGCCGAGGGUGAGUGGAGCAUUUCCCGACCUUUUGUGCACAUUUGCAGUAUUUUCUGAAUGCGCGCUAGAAGGGGUGGGACGCGCUUUUUGCCCCCACCUCCCAUUCUCUCCCAGCGGGUCCACAUUAUCACAAGUUAUCAUCUGGAAAUACGGUGACACAACUGGGGAGUCGUUGCAGUGGCAUCUGAUUCAAUGUAUUUAUUUGUUUCCCAGCACAUCUCCAUCUCAACCAAUGAAUGAGGACUUAGAAGCUACUGUUUUGACAUCCAAUACUAUAUUUUUUUCAAAAGAAGCUGCUGAUUGCUUAAAUGCUGUGAUUGUGACCUUUCAAAGCCAAGUAUCCUAAAUAGGUAUGUGUUAUAGGCUAUGGAUAAAAACAUGCUAGUGUUGUCAUGUGGCAGAGUGAGAUUUCUGUCCGUGGCAUUACAGUUAAUUACAGGAAGCGAUGAAACAUCAUUUCCCGCAACGGUAGGGAGCACAUGCCGCAUUUUCACAGUUGACCACGACGCAUCCGUCUCACAGACGUCCUAUCAGACCCAGACAGACCAGUCGGCCGCAUCCGACGGCUCACCCAAAGCACACGCAGACACACAAACACGCCGACAGAGGUCACGUGCAGACAGACGGUGAGUUUGCAUGCUGUACAACAAUAAAAUACAAAGGGUUCAUAGCAGGAGAAUGGUUAGAAGGGAACAAUGUUCUGGGUAUUUGAAGCCAGGAAUCUAAAUGGCGAAAGCCGUCUUGUGUCGACCGCCGUGGCAACGGCCAAUGAAAGCUUCGAUGGCAGGUAGUGCCGCCUGACACUCCGAGUUGAAUCGUCAUAAAGGACAGGAUGUGACAGGGCGGCAAAAUUGAUUACAGUGAAGAAAACCGUUUAGCGUUGAAACUUGAAGGGACAGUGUGUAGGAUUUGGAUGAAUGAGUAGCACUUUAUACCUGUCUGCUUGUUCCUUCCUUUCCAACAGUAACAGUAAUGUGAACCACCGGAUGCAAAUCUGUGGAAAUACGCAGUUGGCCUCACUGUAAGGCCAUCGAGACCAUGAUAGCACAGCUUUAUAAGGGUCCCGGAGGACUACGGUGGCAUCCGGGUCGAGUAAAAAAAACGGAAAGGCUCUCUUUUGAGCGGCGUACUCCGUGAAGAGAAUAGAGUUUUACACCAAUCAAAUCCUAGUUAGGAAAAGGUACACACUGGCCCUUUAAAUCAUUCUCUUGUUUUAAUCAAGCUCUAGCCCGCUAUUUGAGGACUAGUUAAAACCAGAAAACGCAUAUAAUUCACAUUGGGUUUAGAACUUUUUACAUGAAAUACAUUCAGGAACAAAGUCCUGGGUUCAUGCUGCUGAGACGUUAACAAAUUUAACCUCAGACCACAAUGGAUCUCUGUCAGAGAGAUGCAAAUUGGGAUAUUAAGGCCGCCCAAAUGAUGCAAGAACACAUGAUCUCACUUAGCCCUGGGUGCAUCUAACCAUGCAAAUAGUUUUUGAGAUAUUUGCACCUGAGAUUUCUGCCUCCACCUAUGGUGAACCAAACGUAAUUUGGACUGCUCAGUGUUGAGAGAUUACUUUAAAAUGAAUGAACAGCAGGAUGCCGUUCCAGGAUCCAUCUCGCAGUUACUCCGGAAAAGAAAAUGUGUCAAAACGUUCUGGUUCUGUAUGUAGAAAACAGUCCCCACACAUCUAAUUCCACUGUACCGUCAAGGCAGAUAUCUCAGCAUCUGAACAAAUGUGUGUUCAUUGUGUAUACGCAUCUGGUGUCCUUGAUAUGGUAGUUUCAAUACCCAAACACACGAUAGCUAGCCAGUGUAGCCUAGCACGGACGGGCGGGGAACUGUAGAAGCUGUUCAUCAAUGUUCCCUUUCUAGAAAGAGCUGACUAAUGAAUUCCACAUCUGGGACAUUAGCCCGGUCUGCUGUGCGUUCGCCCACCCAGAGUGACUAACUGAAGGGGCGGAGUUACAUCCAUGAGUCUACGUACAGUAGACAGUAAAAACACGUUUGUCCCAUCGGGCUGCGACCUGCUAAACGAAGGCCAGCCGGACGGAUGUUGUGUCUCAGUUGGGACACUUCCGGCAGUACACCUCUGCAUGGUACGCCGCGCACACACGAGGUACUCGCCUAGUGCGCGAGUUUUGACAGGGUCUUUAAGGUCUCAAAUCCAACGCGGCUCUUACACACCCGCCAGCAAGACUCUCACAAUAUUUGACCCCUUCUUUUAUGUUUCAAUGGCCAAAGCCAAUCGGAAAGGAGCGGUACCGCCAACAUUCGACCGUGAGAGUGGGCCGCCAAAAUAUCUGCCAGCUUGUUUGCUUCCUCCAAUGUACUAAAACUGAAUAAAAAUGUAUGUGAUUUUACUUUUAUUUGCUUGUGUGCGUGCCACCUGUUUCAUGUGAUGCCUUUUUUGGCCAGCCUGGGGGACCCUCCCCUUCCCACAGGGAGCCAUCAUUGCAACAAUCGAGGUGCACAGUGUUCCACACUCAGCUUUUUCAGUCAUUAUGAGGACCCCGUAAUGGUACUCGGAGUUUAAGUAAGCAAGUGUGGAAGAGAAGUAGUGAAGACACGGUCCUUCUACAAUAUGGGGGUACAUUUCACGUUAACAAAAAAGUACAAAAGUCAUUUGUUUCUGUUAAAUAAAAUCCUGAAGGACAACAUCAGAAUAGGACAAAUUCAAGCUCAAUGAAACACAGUGUGCACACAUGUUGAUUCUUAAUCAUUUAUUACUAUUCCUACUUUGUACCACAUGUACAUGGUUGUGUGUUGCGCAAAGCUGUAUAGAGGCACUGUUGGUCAAAUCUAAAAAAGCAACUAAUUACAGAGGCAGACGGAGGUGGGGGUUAAUAUGAGCAGAAAUAAGCAGGAUAUUGCCCUAUAUUAAGUCUAAGCUCUAUAUCUACUAGAAGCGUAACUGGCAAAACAUGUGUUUUGAUGUUUUCUGGUUUGCUGAAUACAAAUAAACAAAAAUAGGCAAUUUUGACCAUAAAAUACCAUUUUAUUCAAUUAUUGUUUCUUGCCAGUAUCUAAAUAUAAGAAAUUAGCUUCACUAAUCAAGGCCCCUGCAACCAUGUACAAUCAUACAGUAUGAGUAAUGUGGUAUGUGAAGCUUUGGCCUGGGGCUGUAUUCUAAAGCUUCAUUUUUAUGAAACACUUAGUUUAUGCAAUUUUUACAUUUAACCACUCCAUGACCUAUUGUGCCCACAAAUCCCCAAAAGGUGUGGACAAUGUCGGUGCUGAUACUCUCACAAAGUGGGAAAGUAUGGGAUGCUUUAACAAAACGAGAGACCAAUUCUGAUCAUGAAACUCAGCUGUUGACGUAUUUAACCUGAAUAAAGAUCGGCACUUUCUCUGCAGUCGCCUCAACAAACUCAAACCACAACUCGAUUCUUUCAAUUCUAUUUGAUUUUCUCUUGGUGUUUUUUUUUUUUUUAGGUAAAAAAAAAAGACAGCUGAUAAGAUAAGAAAGCUGCACUCUAGGUUUUUUCAAUAUGUUUCGUUUUUAUUUUUCUUCAGGAAUGAUAUCAUGACUUUGAAUACAUCACUGUAUACAUCAGACCUGACACAUCUGCACGGCUUUAUCUUGCCAUGAUAAAAAUAACUGCUUUUAUGUCUCUGCAUCAUCACUAUGCAUUUCGGCAAAUAAGUUCCAUCUUUUAAACUAUUUGAGCUGGUGUGGGAGGAAUGUGAAAGGUCCGAUUUUUUCUUCUUCUUCCCAUUAUGCUUUUUCCCCCCUUAACUGUGACUAUGAAUUUACCUUUUAGUUCCUGCAAGAAAAGAGUGUAAAAAAAUGGAAAUGUUGACUUUUGUAAUCCUUAGCAGUGGCUCAUGUUACACUAACCGCAUCCUAUCCGUGCACAUCAUGCAGCUCUCUCCCAACUGGUCGGAUACAGCCGCUUGGUGGUCAGGGAAGAGGUUGGGUCAGACGCGCCCUCAAAGAGAGAAGGCUGCUCUUUAUGUAUUGAUUGAAACUAAAAGACACAGUUGAACCAGAGUUAUGUAACUUGGGUCACCUAUAAGGUGUAGCCUACCUACCUAUGUGUUAUAUACAUUACACAUUAGUAUGCACAAAUGUAUUCAUUUCACACAAAUCUUUUCCUGAACCAAACCAAAUCGUUUUGUUGCCUAAACUACCCAAGCUGAUAUUCAUGAAAAUUAGAUCAAUAAAUGAUGGCGGUGUGACGGUAAUUUCAUCAAACAACAAUCAUGUAUUAAUCCAAGCAUUGCAUUAUAGCUGAUGGAUUAUUGGCUGAUAAUAUAAAGACUGUUUACAUCACCUUAACCUGCUACUUUCACUACACUUACAAACUAAGAUGGUACAUUUUUAGGAAUUAUUAUGUGAUAAAGUUUGAUUUAUAGAUUGGUCGUUACUUUAUUAAUUAUUAAUAAAGGAGAAGUUUUAUUGCUAAAACAGUAUUUAUACAAUACACACAGGUAAAUUAAGUAAAAAUGUUGAAUUCUUUUUAUAUAGCCCAAAAACAGGAAUUACACAUUUUCCAAAUAAGAGAGGUAAGCAGCAUAAUGAUGGAAAAAUGACAACUAACUAUAACAGCAGUAGUUAAAAGGUUAACAAUAAUAAUAAUGGCGCCAGAAAUAGAAAAGUGACUACUAAUAAUAAUAAUAUCAACAGACAGGACCACGGCAGGGACACCCACCGUCCAGAUAUAAAGACCAUCCAGGGACACCUGUGAGACCGGAAAGCACAGAGACUCUGGAGAGAAGCACAGUCAGUAAAGGGCGGCGUUUAUGUCGAGAGUAAUGUGACUAAUAAUGCCGACAGAAGUAGCACUGGGUGUCAGCAGGGCCAGGAGUGGGUACAUGACGAGUUGGGUGUGAGAGCGCUAAGCCCCUUCAUUCUGGAUGUGUGUCCGCUUUGUCCGCUGUGUCUCAUUUAAACGUGUUGGAAUCCAGUUUUUUGACCGUGAGCUCAUACACACACAUAAACAAACGUGUUCUCACUAUGUAUAAUGCUUUGGUGUAAGACUAACCCUGUUUCAUGAGAUAAAAAAGUCCACUCUCCAUGACUUUCCUCUAAAUUAGUAGGCUCCAUGCUCUUUUUUUGCAUUACGCAUGGCCUUCGGCUUCAUAUCACUAUUCUCGUGCCUUGUUUAACUACUGUAAAUUGUGAAUGUUGUAAAGUACCGAUGCGGAUGAAAAAAAAUAAAGAAAAAAUGAAUCAUAUUGACAUACAUUUAAAGGUAUUAGUUGAAAAAGUAUUUAAGAUUAUAAUAUUGAAUAGGCUGCAAAGCUUUUCUAGUGCUGAAAAUCUAUGUUUGGUAAUGCCAGGCAGCUUUGUGGUAUAUUGUAUCUAUAAUUAUGAAAAUUUGGGAUGUUUUCUGUACAGUAGAAAUUGCAAAUGUAUAUGCAGCCUUUUGGAAAAUAAAUGUACAGUUGAAAGAUCUCAA